AUGCAGCCUCAUAACUCUCGCGGCUUACUUAACAGUAAUCUUUAUACAAACCCUACGUCAAGCACCGUCUUCUCCCUAGAUGAGACUCUCAAUGCAAUUUGUCCUAGUCCACCCGAUCCCGAGGCUAUAGUCAACUCCUAUUCUCCAGAUGGGAUAAACACUACGGAACUGGACAACUUCUGCUUAAAUAUGAAUAAUUGUAACGAGACAAAGUAUAUCGAAUUAUAUAAGCAGGUUGAACAAGUUUGUGAAAACGAGCUGAACGGUAAUGUCAACAUGUUCUCAAACUUUCUGAGCCUAAUACAAGAUGGGUUUUCGAGCGUGUAUUAUAUGAUACCGAGACGAUGGAGUGUCUGUUUGAAAGGAAGUGAUGGAGACUAUUGCACAUCAGCUAAACUUCGCACUGCCAUAUCUGUUGUCGGAGAUCGCAACGGCAAUUCAUCAAGUCUUUACGUCCUUGCUCAGAUUCCACCUUUGAAUACGAUCACAUACGGCACGAACGACAAAGUUCGCCGGGAUAUUCCCUUCCCUGAACCUAUAAUAUGUGGAGACUGUUUUGCGCGCACAGUUAGCAUAUUUGAGAAUUAUACCAAGAUGCAGGGUCAGUUCUCAGACGACGAUUCUACUGGGAGGCAAGUCAUUAUUGAUAACUGUCCAAACGAAAAGAUGAAAAAGAGAUAUUGGAAAGAAUCCAGUAUGGCAAGUGCCGGAAUGGGUGGGAUGAAGACGCAUGACGUUGUGAUGUGGUGGUGGAGUGGAAUGAUCGGAUUAGCUUUUCUUUCUUUUUAUGAUUGGUGA